AUGUCGCCGAAGUGGAACUGGGAAAAGAAAAGAUUUAUGGCACGUUUACUUACAGGUAAAGUGAACCUCAUGGGGUCGUACGGUUGCGAGGUGUCGUCGGAGGGGCCGAGUUUCCUCACGAUCUACGGCGAGGCGAACAUGAGCGUGGCCAUACCGCCGAAUGAACCACCCAGCCUGCGCGGGCUCCGGCCGUCUUACGAGGCGGGCGAGACACUUCAAGCGGAAUGCAGCUCCGCGGCCAGCUACCCUCCAGCGCGGCUCGUCUUUAUCCUCAACGGCAAAGAGGUGAAGCAAGUGUUGACCAGGGAAUUGCCAAGCUCGAGCUCCACGGAGGAUACCAUGGUGUCCUCAAGCCGGCUAGGUCUGACUCUGCACCUCGAACGACAGCAUUUCCCCGGAGGAACUUUGACGCUCGGCUGUCAGUCCACUUUGCCGGGGAUCGUGGGCGCGAAAUCGUUCGAGAGAACGGAGACCGCAACGCUGGCUGCCAGCAAUCAACGACUGGCGCAAGAACCACCCAGAUCCGGAUGCGUCGUCAACCUUCCAUCAUCCGUGCUCGCCACCGUCUGCUGUUUCUUACUACGGUCGUUCAAUUACGGUAUCUUAACAUUCCCCUACGUUUAAUCCCCGGUCGUCCGGUCUCGGAAGCUGUCCUCGGAUCGUCGCCUCCUCAACGAACCCCGCGGAUAAGUCCUCGUUCGCGCGAACAUGCGAACAAUCUCGGACGACGCGAAUUUCCGACACACGCGGUGAAAGUUUCCGAGUAUGAAGAGUUUAUUUUAAUUUAAGUUUCCGAGCUCGUUGAUUCUCAAAUCGAGUCGAUUUCAUUUUUUUUUUCCUCAGCUCAGUACGUACGAAAGACUCUCGUUGAUAGAGAAGACCUCGGGGACUGAUUUCGCGGAGUUCACAGUUCUUUUCCUAUUUGAGCCAACGUUGUCUCAUUGUCCACUGCCACCCGCGAGUUCUCGUUGGAAACAUUUAACUUCCGUCGCGGGUAACGUUUAAUGAUACACGAGAAAAAAGAAGGAAAAAAUAAUAAAGGAGGACGAAGAAGUCCGAAAGGGGAAAAUUUUCGAGCUCUUCUAAUUUUCUCGUUCCUCGCUGCCGCUCUGUUCCGUUUGCUCUCGUUAACGUAUGCACGUAGCUUCACGAAGGAAUUUCACGCCGUGCGAACGAAAUGCACGCGAUAGUAAAAGUAAGGCAUAAGUGAGGCGUGUGAUUAAAGUAUAUAUCGACGGUGGUGAAGAGGGGCGGAGGGCAAAGACGAGGGGGGAACUGCUAUAGCAAUAUAAUUUAAUUGGAACGGCGAGUCGUUCGCGCGGUACGCGAAUCAUUGUACAUAGUGUAUGAUUGUGAAUUAGAUUUACGACGGUAAUCUGUAAUUAAGAAGAAAGGUGGAAGGGGAUGGGUAUGGGGGCAAACACGGUGAAAGUAAAGCGGAAAUCGAACAUUAAAAAGAAGAAAGAAAAAAAAAAAAAAAAAGAAAUGAACCGGGAUGAAUGAUUGGAAUCGAAAGACGACAGGCAUAAAUUUGAAUCGAUUGGCAGCGAUCGAAGUGCAGAGUGUGAUUCAAGUUUAUGGUGCUCGGGAUAAUUGAGUCGUUCUUUUCUUUUCCCUUGGGUCUCUCGACGCAUCUUUUUUGGUGGCGUACAAGAAUUUAUAUAUACAUAUAUAAAUAUAUUAUAUAUAUAUAUAUAUAUACAUAUACGUAUAUGUAUACACGAUGAUGAAUUCGUCAUAUUUACGUUUUAUUGUAAUUUUACAUGAUCCAUAUCUGAUCGUUAUGACACAUUUCAAACAAUAAAGAGAAACGUCAGGC